GAUUGAACUGACACUGCUCACUGACACAAAAUUUGGAGUGGCAGGCAGUGUCACUUUGCAUUCAUUGUCUCUGGGUUGGAAAACUCCAGGAACAGGAGACAUCUUUAACAUAUAUUCUCCAGGACUGCUAACUUUAAUCAAGUAAGCAGCAAAUCACAGUUCCUGUCAGUGAAAAUCUGUGUGAACAUUAGUAGUUAUUACUGAGCAUCCUGCUGUACUGGAUCUUCUGGUCAUCAUCAUCAACAACAUCAUCAUCAUGAUACUAAGCGUUGCUCUAAUCUGGGCAGUAGUGGUUGGAUUGUGCUGUCUUCUGUGGCUCGCUGUGGGGAUACGACGCAGACAACCUGGUGAGCCUACAGUUGAAAAUGGCCUUAUCCCGUACCUGGGCUGCGCUUUACAAUUUGGGGCCAACCCUCUCCAGUUCCUCCACAGCCGACAGAAGAAGUAUGGCCAUAUUUUCACCUGCAAGAUUGCAGGCCAGUACAUUCACUUCCUGUGUGACCCCUUCUCCUACCACUCAGUCAUCAGACAGGGGAGGCACUUGGAUUGGAGGAAGUUCCAUUUUGCUACAUCUGUCAAGGCAUUCGGCCAUGACAGCUUUGACCCUCGCCAUGGCCACACCACAGAGAACCUCCACCAAACCUUUCUGAAGACCCUGCAGGGUGAGGCUCUACCCUCCCUGAUAGAGACCAUGAUGGCUCAUCUCCAGGAUGUCAUGCUGAGGUCAGACACACUCAGCCCUAGCAAGGACCAAUGGGAAGUGGAUGGCAUCUUUGCUUUCUGCUACAAGGUCAUGUUUGAGUCUGGCUACCUGACGCUUUUUGGUAAAGAGCUUGGUGAAGAUAAGUGUCAGGCAAGGCAGGCAGCACAGAAAGCCUUGGUACUCAACGCUUUGGAGAACUUCAAAGAGUUUGACAAGAUCUUCCCAGCGCUGGUGGCUGGUCUGCCCAUCCAUGUCUUCAAGAGUGCUUACAGUGCCAGAGAGAACCUGGCAAAGACCAUGCAUGCUGAAAAGUUGUCCAAGAGGGAGAACGUGUCUGAUCUGAUCUCCAUGAGGAUGAUCUUGAAUGAUUCCUUAUCUACCUUCAAUGACGUGAGCAAGGCAAGAACUCACGUCGCUCUGCUUUGGGCUUCACAGGCUAACACUCUGCCUGCAACCUUCUGGAGUCUCUUUUAUAUGAUCAGGAGUCCAGAUGCUAUGAAAGCAGCACGCGAAGAAGUGCAGAAAGUUCUGGAGGAUGCAGGUCUGAGGGUUGACCCCAGUGACCCCACACUGACCCUUACCAGGGAACAGCUGGACAACAUGCCUGUUAUGGACAGCAUCAUAAAGGAAGCUAUGCGUCUUUCCAGUGCAUCUAUGAAUGUGCGUGUUGCCAAAGAAGACUUCCUGCUUCACCUCGACAACCAAGAAGCUUACCGCAUCAGGAAAGAUGAUGUCAUUGCCCUAUAUCCUCCCAUGCUGCACUACGAUCCAGAAAUCUAUGAGGAUCCCUAUGAGUACAAGUUUGACCGUUUCCUGGAUGAGAAGGGUCAGGAGAAAACCACUUUUUACCGCAGCGGACGGCGGCUGCGUUAUUACUACAUGCCCUUUGGCUCCGGGGUCACCAAAUGCCCUGGCAGAUUUUUUGCUGUGUAUGAGAUCAAGCAGUUCCUCUCUCUGGUGCUGUCCUACUUUGACAUGGAACUAUUAGACCCUGCUAUCAAAGUCCCACCUCUUGAUCAGUCCCGUGCUGGGCUGGGAAUCCUCCAGCCUACCUACGAUGUGGACUUUAGGUACAAGCUGAAAUCGACCCACUAGGCUCUGCCUCUGUCUGGCAGAGUGACUUAAGUAUAUAUUGUACAUAGUAUAUAUUUAUCAGUGUUAAUGAAGAUACUUUGCUUCAUAUGUAAAUAGACUGAAUUCUAUUUUUUGUUGAUUUAAUUUGCUGCUGAAGAACAUGUAUUCUGCACAUUUAAACCUUCAGUGUAUCAAGUAGAGCUGUGCCAGCUGCUGUCUCUGUUGGACUGGGGCUGGCAGACAGAUAAAAAGUGCCUGUGAAAUGACAGAACUGGAGACAUUAUAAAUUCAUAUUACUUACCACACAAGUAUAUUUGCACAUUUAGUUUAUUUACUAAAACUCUUGUAGAGUUACAUUACUGCCAACUGAUUUUCAAGACAAGAUGUAGAAUUUUCUAUCUCACAGUCAAAAGUUUUAAUAGAUCUUACUAUGCUACUCUACUGUAUCGUGGUAAUGCAGUUUAGCCUCUGUAAAUCAAUCUGCAAUUAUCAUUACAUGAGUGCUACACAAAGAGACUAAAAAGACUAAACAAAUAAGAUAUAAAAACAGUCUUACUGUGUUUAACUGUUCUGGGAAAAAGUUGUCAGUAAUGUAAAAGUAUCAAUGACUUGCAGAGACAGUGGUAUGCUCCUUUAAGCUCUAGAGCUAAUGUAAGUUCACGUUUCUGCACUUCUGAAAUACUAUGAUGUUAAUGUGUGUAAAGUGUUAGCAUUAAUCGUCACUAAAAUUCUGCAGUGUUGUUUUUUUUAUCAGUGUAUUUAUUACAUAGCAUAUAUAAAAAUCAAGUUCCAUUCUUUUCUAUCAUCACUUGUUUUAUUAUUUCCACAUGAACUCAUUUAUUCUGUGAAGAGAAAUUGCCAAGGGCAUUUUGAUCAAACUGUUUUUUAAUCAAUGAAUGCAUUACUCUGAUCAGUUUCAUUUACUGACUUCACCUUCAGCGUGUGGUAGAAGAUAGAGUUCUCAUCAGCCUUGGAGUUUGCUCUCUCUGGCUGUCUCACUCUCAGACACUGAUGUCACUGAGGACGUGUCUGACUGUUGGCCAGUGCUAACCUUUAUAUGACAUCCAUUCUCUCUGUAUCAUUGAUGUAAGACUUACUGCGGCAACAAAGCCAAAACACAGAGCGAGAGGACCAUGUGCAAACUGAAAAUAAAUCAAUAUAUUUGUA